AUUGGAGGGAGGGGUUGAUUCCAGGUGACAAGUUCAAGAAAAUACCAUGCUGUCCUAUCCACACAAGUGAAUCUAUUUUUAUGUUUUUGAUUAGUUAGAUGGACUGCCAUUAACAUCUGACAGACAACAUUAGUUAGAACUUUUGAUUGUUCCUGGUGCUUCUGUUUGUGGACUAGUCAUACUAAAAAUAGUUUCAGUUGUAGGAAUCUGCAUUAUCUGCUGACCCCAAAUGAGGUCUGUUCCAAAAAUAGCCACCAUUAAUUAGUUUGGUCUGUGCACUAUGCUACGGUAGGCAUCCUGAAUGAUCUAGUGCAGGCGGUGCACAGUGUUGUAGCCUAUGAGUGACAGCGAGGACAUCGGAGAGGACGACCGCAGGAUCUCGCGAUCAGCUAGAGGCCCGAUAACUCACGUGUCCCUAGGACCGGGGGGUGAUAGGGAACUGUUCCGCCGGCAGCGGGAAAGGCAGCAGCAGAGAAGAGCUAGAGCAGCCGAGGCCAGCAGGGCAUUAGCUAGCGAGGCCGGUGCUACAGCAGCAAUGGCUACCACAACCAUGAGCACUUCUGCGCAUCAGACUUCCCCAGCCGGUAGUUUGGGUACCGCCAGGUCUACGGUCGCGCAGACCGUGAGUCAGUCCACUGGCUUAAUGGCAAGCCAGCCCGUGGUGUUAACCCCAGAGGAUGUCGCCAUCCAGCAGGCAGCCCUGCAGGAGGCACAACUACAGCAGGCUUUAGGACAGAUAAAAAGGGAAAAAGAGAUGAUGAUUAGAAGAAGAACCAGGAUGCAACGGAGAGGGACAGACAUAGAGGAGUUCGAGACGAUGGACCUGACGCAUAUGAAUGAUGAUGUGAAGGUAGUUUGGAGGGCCCUGCUAGGAGUAAUUGAGAUGCAGGAGCAUCAAACUACCAUCCUUCACGACAUUCAACAAAGCCUAGCCGUGUUGGCAGGCCGCGCUCAGGCCGCACCAUCACCAGCAGGGCCUGGUGCCUGGCCCGUGCCAUAUCCUCCCUUCUCUGUCCCACCGGUCACUGGGGUAUCCCCAUUUGUAGCCCCGUCGACGGUUGCUAUCGUUUCCCUGGGCAUGCCGCUUUCAGGAGGGCUAUCUGCAGGACCUAGUGUUCAGGUUCCAGUACAGUCAGUGGUCACCCAGGUUCCAUCACAGGUUGCCAUUAGUGGGCAAUCUAUUGUCUCGCAGUUUGUGCAGCCACAGGGCACACAGGGCCAGCAGCUAGCACAACAACCUGUAUCACUGGGUCUACAGCCCGGGUUGGUGCAGGGACCAGGACAAAGUCAGUGGGUUCCGAAGACGGCCAUUGCCGCUCCCAAACCUUUUACAGGGGACAAGAGAGGCAAAGAUCUCGACACAUGGUUGAGGGCAGUGCCGGUCUAUGUCAGGUGUAAGCUCACCUUGCCACACGAAGAAGUGCUUGUGGCUGCAUCCUACCUAGAGGGUAGUGCAGCAAGAUGGUUGAGUGGGUUAGUACAACUCCAGGGGCACGGUCAUGACUUCCGCUCUUGGGCAGCCUCUCAUAAAUUAGAGGACUUCCUGAAGAUGGUGGGAGAGAGAUGGCAUGAUCCUCAGGAGGCCCAAAAGGCCAUUGAUGCGAGCCUGACACUGCACACGAGGCAGUAUAAGUCAGUAAGGGAAGCCACAGACGUUGUGGAGCGUCUGAUCUGUGUUUCAGGGGUGCGCUAUGACCCCCGGGUCCUGUUGACUUCGUACUUGAGGUGCUUAUCUCAGCCUCUCAGGAACCAGUUGGCAAAAGAGGCCAACAUGAAUAUGCACAACUUUCCUUCGUUCAGCAAGGUGGCCCUAGACCUAGAGCCAAAAAUAGGGCAUGGACAUAACUUAGUGACGGAUGGGAAAAAGAAGACACUCCUAAUCGGAAAGCCAAGGGCCGCAUUAUGUUCGUACAGUUUAUACGAGUUUGUGGUGAUGCCUUUUGGCCUGUGCAAUGCUCCUGACACCUUUCAUCACGCUAUGAAUUGGAUAUUCCAUGACUACUUGGAUAAGUUUGUCAUCGUGUACCUCAAUGACAUACUUAUUUUUAGUAAGACUGUGGAGGAGCACGUUGCACACUUGGACAAAGUCCUUAGUCUUCUGCGACAACACAAGUUAAAGAUCAACGGUGAGAAGUGCGAGUUUGGGCGCACCCAAGUCUUGUACUUCGGUCAUGAGAUCUCCGCGGAAGGGUUGAAGCUCGAUGACGCGAAGAUGGGCAGCAUUCGUGAUUGGCCACGACCUCAGUUUGUGACUGAGAUGAGAUCUUUCUUGGGAAUGACAGGCUACUACCGGACUUUUGUAAAGAACUAUAGCGUAGUGGCCGCUCCUUUGACUGAUCUGACCCGCCUUGACACCUGGUGGGAGGGGACAGAUGAGUGCGAGGCUGCUUUCAGACAUCUGAAGCAUGCACUAACGCAUUAUGAAGUCUUGAAACUUCCCGAUCCUGAUAAGCCGUUUAUAGUAACCACGGAUGCUAGCCAAUAUGGCAUUGGCGCCGUGCUUGCGCAACAGGAGGGGUCAAAGUUGAGGCCUGUUGAGUACAUGUCCAAGAAAAUGCCGUUUCAAAAGUUGGCUAAGUCCACCUAUGAGAAAAAACUCUAUGCAGUGUUCGAGGCGCUGACCCAUUGGAGACAUGAUCUCCUUGGGAGGCCGGGUGAAAGCUUGUCCAUGGACUUCGUGGAUACGCUGGUCACCAGCAAGAGUGGGAUGAGGCAGAUCUUCGUCAUCGUGGAUAGGUUUAGUAAGUAUGUUAGGUUAAUAGCCAUGCCGAAAACAGCGAAGACCGAGUAUGUAAUCAGGCUGUUCAAGGAGAACGAGGUGAGGGAUUUUGGAUUGCCGAAGUCUAUUGUAAGUGACAGGGAUGUCAGAUUUACAAAUGUGGAGCGUUCCAUUCACUCUGCACUUAGCGAGGAAAUAGGUGAGAGCCUGCAGCUUAGCGAAAUGCUCCAGUGUAAACUUGACAACAUGGAGGUUAUGGAAGAGGAAGACGUUGAGGAGGGUCCUGAAGUAAAUCGGAGGAGGAUGUGGGUCGAGGACCCAAUUUGCAGAGAAGGGGAUGAGCAGCCGAUUGGGAUGGGGCAAUCAGGAUGUGGGAUUGAGAGGAGGAGCGGCCCUUUGGCCCACCCGACAAAUGGAGAACGACUACUUGUGGCAUUUUGGGGUGCGUGGUGGAAUUCUACACGAAUCUGCUUCGGCAGAAGAGCACUGGUUCUCGGAGGAGAUGGCAUUGCAGCGGGCAGAAAAGGUGUGGCAUGCGGUGAGGAGAAGGUUGGAACCGUAGAUGAGAGCAUGCAUCUGCAGAUCAUGGAGGAGGAGGUGAUUUUUGUGGUUACGGAGCUACCCCAGUUAAAAGUCGCUGGGGUCGAUCGGGUGCCGGUUGAGUUGUACAAAGAGCUGGAGCAGUUGAUGGUGGCCCAUCUAACUGCAAUAUUUAUCCUGGCCUUUGCGGAGAAGCCAAUCCCACAGAGCUUUGUAGAUGCCGUUGCGAUCUUGCUUUAUAAGAAGCGGGAGUGCGGGAAUGUGUGGAAUAGGAGGUCGAUCUCAAUUCUAAACGUGUUGUACAAGAUCUUAGCAAAAUUGGGGACACCUGCUGCAGCGCCCACCAAGGUAAUGAAGAUGGCUGCCACCAUAGCCAGUUAUAAAGAUGACCUCAUAAGCCUAAAUAACGGUUUUGCGUUUGACCUCUUCUACAUCCUCUUUGACCACCAGCUUCUGAUAGAGGGUCUUGUACAGCCGUUUAUCUUCUUUAUCAAUUACAUUCAUAUGAGCCUUCAGAAUCUCGGAAGGCCUCGCGAAGAGGGCAGGAACGAGGAGCGGCGGGAGCGCUGCGAUGGCAAGAUUGACGCGAGGAGGAGGUGGGAGAGGGAUCAUGGGGUUAUGGAGGAGCGUGUCUGGACGUCAUUGGGUAGCGCAUCUCACACAAAGGUCUUGGUGGAGAGGAGGAGCAUUGUGGGAGGGAGAAAGGGGAGCUUGCCAUCGUUCCUCCACGCGCCCACGGAUGACAGAUUCGAGUUCAUGUAGGCUUGCUUGCAUUCGGCCAGCACCAGUUCCUCGUCCUUCUCAACCUUAAGGUAGUCUUGAUUCCAGGUAAACAUACAUCCAAAAGCAUGUCUAUACAGAAUCGGGCAGACAACGGCCGUAUCACUGGGGUUACGGUCGACCGGAGUCAACACCAAUCACUCGUACUGGGAGGCCCAAAUCCUAACCUCGCGAUCAGUCCAGGUAUCGCUAUUUGUCAUCGAGUCGAAGAAACAUCGGUCCACAUCGGGAUUGACUUCUCUCCCAUGCUUGAGGUAAGCCGUUCCCGGCUGGAUUCCUUUGACAAGUUCAGAUUUCAGUAGUUUGUGUGAUCCCACCACUACAUUCCUCGAAUUGCGAACAAAAGCUGGCACAUCAC